AACUAUAUAAGUUUCUGUAAAAAAAUUUGAAAACCUCUCUCUGAAGCGCGCGCUCUCUAUCUUCUCUGUAGCGCGAAGAAGAAAAAAAUGGAGUCUCUGAAACUAAUAAUUCAGCAAGGUCCAAGGAAAGGCGAAACGGUUGAAUUCCCACCGGAAUCAAUUAUCAAAAUCGGCCGGAGUGUAAGAGGCAACAAUCUCACCAUUAAAGACCUCGGCAUCUCCUUCAAACACUUAAUCAUCAGACACGAAUCAGAAUCCUCGUCGGACUGUAAAUGGAUAAUCGAAGAUCUGAAUUCUUCCAACGGAACAAUCAUCAACUCAGCAUCUCUCCCUCCUUUCACUCCCUUCCAAAUCCGCCACGGCGACGUUUUGAACCUCGGGGAAGACACUUCAAUUCUUGUUCAAUUUUUUAUUAAGGAAGAGGAGGUAACUGCGGAGAAGCCUUCUCAGUUGAGACGGAACCCGAGACGAAAAGUUCAGGAUAACUCGGCGAUUAAAAUUGAUGAGAAUGCGGCGGUGGUGAUUCAAUUACCGAAACCUAGAAAAGGGAGGCUGUUAAAAGAACCACCGCCAUUAGCAGAAGCUAGGGUUUCGGAUGAGGGUGAAGGAUUGGGGGAAUUGGAGACGGAGAAAGUGAAUGCUAGGGUUACACGAGGGAGGAGAGUUGAAUUAGAGAAUAAAGGAUUGGAAAAUGUUGAGAAAAUUAGGGUUACUAGGAAAAGGGAAAAUGCGGAAUCUGCGGUUGUGGAAAAUGUAGCAAAUUAUAGGGUUACAAGGAGUAGAAAGAAUGUGGCUGGUUCUGUUAUAGAUUUUGAGAAUUUGGAUGGUAAGAAGACUCCGGAGAAGAACGCGAGUUUAGGGUUUGAUUUAGUAGAUGAGGCGAAAGAACAGGUUAAUGAAGAAGCUGCUAGUAGAGAUAAGGUAGAGAAGAAAGAGGGUUCAGAUGUAGGAUUGAAUUCGAGAGAAGAGACUAAUGAUCAUGUUAAUGAAGUGGAUAUUAGUAGAAAUGAGGAGAUAAAAUGCCAAAGUCGGAGCCAUGGUAAGGGACGAGUUAAUGAGAGCGAUAACUUGGGUAAAGAGAAGGUAACAUUCGAUUUGGAGAAAAUGACUUUAGGGCAGUGGUUUGAUUAUAUGGAGGAGUAUUUGCCUAAGCAGUUAUUUCAGGUUACUGAACAGAUGAUUUUAGACAUGAAAAUGAAAGCAGAGAGAGUUAAAGAGUAUAUCAUUGAGCAGAAGAAGGCCAAGGCUGCUGCUGCUGCUGCUGCUGCUAUGACUCGAGUUAGUCUCUAAGAUAAAUCGUGAUACAUCUAGCCAUAAGUAGGUUGUAGAAAGGGAAGGCGCUGCUACAUUCAGGUUGGCAGGUAAUUGUAGCAAAGAUGGGUAUGUACACUAUCCGGAUCUGCAUUUUUUCUUCCCACGAGACCUUUUCUUAAAUGUCCCAGCAAGCCAUUCCUUGAAACAGAGCUCCUCCUCCCUGACAACACGUCGUAGGUUGGAAAGCACAAAGUCUCUCCUAUAGCGGAAACACUUGUCCUCUUUCCAAUAAAUUAGGCAAUUAGAAUAUUUUACUCAGCUCACUUUUCCAAUCAAAUACUUUUAUGAUUAGUUGUAAGGUUUUGGUUCAUCAUGAGAUUGUUAUGUUCUUUAGGAUUUAUUUGUUUAAGCAGCAUUGAUCGUUGGUUAUUAGUAUAGUUGUGUAUUUUUAAACAGGGCAGGGCAUUAUAUUCAGCUGAGUUGUAGUUUGGAAAUGUUAGCAAAACUUUGAGUUUUUGGUGAAUAGAACAAAUUUUAUCUUUGAA